UCUCACUAAAGCGAUCAGCUGAAUCCACUUAUCGCGGCAAUUUUCCAAUUUAUCAAAACUUUUUCACUCUCUUGACUAUUGAAUACUAUUAUUAAGCGAGAGCAAAAAUGUCGGGCAAGGCAUUAAAUAUUGGUGAUACAUUUCCCAACUUCCAGGCGAAUACGAGCGAGGGAAAAGUUGAUUUCUACGAUUGGAUGGGCGAUAGCUGGGCUAUCCUGUUCUCCCAUCCGGCGGAUUAUACGCCCGUGUGCACCACGGAAUUGGGACGAGUGGCGGCCCUGAUUCCUGAGUUCCGUAAGCGCGGCGUUAAGCCCAUUGCCCUGUCCUGUGACACCGUUGAAUCGCACAAGGGCUGGAUCCAGGACAUCAAGAGCUUUGCCAAACUCGACAGCUUCGACUAUCCAAUUAUAGCCGAUGACAAACGGGAACUGGCCCUUAAGCUUAAUAUGCUGGACAAGGAUGAGCUUAAUUCAGAGGGUAUUCCUCUCACCUGUCGAGCUGUUUUUGUUGUGGACGACAAGAAAAAGCUGCGCCUAUCCAUUCUUUAUCCAGCCACCACUGGACGCAACUUUGAUGAAAUCCUUCGGGUCAUCGAUUCCCUUCAUUUGACCCAAACGAAGAGCGUCGCUACGCCAGCGGAUUGGAAACAAGGUGGAAACUGCAUGGUAUUGCCCACAGUUAAAGCCGAAGAUGUUCCGAGACUCUUUCCCAGCGGCAUUGAGACCGUUGAAGUGCCUUCUGGAAAGCACUAUCUACGGAUCACACCCCAACCCUAAGGACUCUUUUUUCCAAAUGUGUCAUUGUUUUUUAUUACAAAAAUUAUAAUACAACAAAAAUAAUGCACAAUAAAGUUUAAGCGCUUACAACCGUA